AUGGCUGCAAGGAAGGAAAAUAUUUACCAAGCUUUGCAAGGUGGGAUAUAUAGAUUACGUGACGGUUCUCAAGAGUUUGUAAAUACCUUGACGCGUUAUGAGAUACCAGUGGCAUUGGUUUCUACCCGGCGGGGAAAAGUUCUUGAGGCAGCAAUCCGAGCCAUCGGGAUGGAAGGAUUCUUCAGUGUCAUUGUUGCAGCAGAAGAUGUUCACCGGGGUAAACCAGAUUCCGAAAUGUUUGUUUAUGCUGCACAGCUUCUGCAGUUCACACCGGAGCGCUGCAUUGUGUUUGGGAACUCUAAUCAGACGGUCGAAGCUGCCCAUGAUGCACGGAUGAAGUGCGUGGCUAUUGCUAGCAAGCAUCCAGUGUAUGAGCUUGGGGCUGCAGACUUUGUGGUGAACCAUUUAGACGAGCUUUUGGUCUUUGAUCUGAAGAACCUUGCCGAUAUAGAGUCGGCUGAAUUUGGUUCCGAAGAGCCUGAGUUGGAGAUGGAAGAAGAAGAGUAUCGGCCAUCGGCGUCGAUAGCAGUAGAUGAUAUCUUCUGGUAA